UGCCGACAAGGACAGGGUUUCCUCUGCUGCUCAAGUCCGGAGCGGUCCCCGUGACAACUGAAAAACCCGAAGGAUUCAAGUAUUUAGAUGUUGCAUUGAGAUAACAACCUACGCACAUCGAAACACAGCAAAAGAUGGAGUGGAGUCUCCCUGUGUAGGUCCAUGAUGGCCGUCGUCUUGCCCACAGCAGCUGAAGGCCCCCUCCAAGCCCAUGUAUGUACGUUGUUAUGGCAACAGUAGAUGGAAACACAGACGUUGAGACCCUGUUGGCUGCGAUCCACCUGGAGCGAUACCUGAAGACCUUCCGCCAGUCUGGCUUCCUCUUGGCCAGGGACAUCAGCCACCUAGACAAUGGAGCUCUUAUCCAGCUGGGUGUAACUGCCACCGGGCACAGGAAGAGAAUUCUGAGACUGGUCCAGCACAUUCAGAGGGCUACCAAUCCGAAUCAGUCGACAUCAGAGCCCUUGGAGCCCUUAUUGGACCGUUGUCAGUCUGAGUCUGACAUUAAUUCCACACCCAUCCAAUCAGGAGGGCCGAGGUCUGACCAAGGGGGCGGUUCAGGGGCCAUUCCGUUUGAAGCAUUCCGGAAUAGUUCUGUUCCUAACAUUCCAUCCAUGUUGAUGAACUCCGGGUCAGAACAACAGCAGCAGUACAAUGGGAAUGUUGUCAUAAAACCGGUUCCAAAACCUAGAACGGUGUUUUACAGACACAAAACAGAACCCGCCCGGUUUCUAUCCUGUCCCAUACCACCGACACCACCAGAUCCUCAUGUUCUAACCCUAACCAGGAAACCAUCUCAGGAAUCUCUCUGUUUUACCAUAUUGGAAGGUUUGGCUUCAGGUGAAUUUAACACUGACACAGUGAUGGUGGGGCCUACCCCUAACCCUACCCAUAACCCUAUCCCUAACCCUGCCCCUAACCCUACCCCUACCCUGAGACACAGCCUAAGCCUGAGAGAGAGGAGGCUGAGUAACUCCUCAGACUCUGGAGGUCCCCAGCCCCCUGUUCCCCCUCGGCUGAACCGAGGUACCCCUCCAGCCAUGUUUAGGGGACCUACAUCCACACCACCGUCAUCUGGUAGAAGGACUGAACAAAACCAGGACCAGUGCACGACAACCCCACCUCCCUCAUCCUCCUAUGAUAACACUGGAUUCCCCUCUCUGGCCACUUCCCCUCCUGGCUCCCCGAUGGAGAUGGUCUCCAAUGAGAUCUACUGUGGCACUUCACCUGGCACGGCAGCUAGUAGUGGAAGGAUUCCCUGCAACGCUCCUCAAACACCACCACGGCCAGAGAUCCACACCACUCCUGAAAGAAUUAGCACUUUAAGUAACAACUCUUGUGAAUCGUCCCACGGCGUCCCCAUGGAGGACCCAGAGGAGGAGAUCAGUCCCUACUGUGAAACGGUCUUCCAGAUCAGACGACCACUGCAGCACUCUGAGGCGGAAAGGACCAACAGUGAAGGAAAGGCAGGAAUGACAAGAGCAGAGGAAGAGAAACACGGAGAGGAUCAUGGGACACCCAAACUCUCCUGGGCCAAACGUCUGUCCCACGCCCUCCACAGUGAGUCCCAGGGCUACAGCACAGUAGGAGAAGCAGCACCACCCCCUCGCUGCCUCUCUUUACCCCCCAACCUGUACCCCUCGGAGCCGGAUGAGGACCAGACGAUAUCCCCCUACGCCAGCUACACCUCUCUCUCUGAGCAGACUGAACCCAUCAUCUGUGGCUGGCUGGAUAAGCUAUCACCACAAGGGAACUAUGUAUUCCAGAAACGCUAUGUGAAGUUUGAUGGCAAAAAUCUGCUGUACUUCGGCAGUGAAAAGGACCCGUACCCCAAAGGAGUGAUUCCUCUGGCCGCGAUACAGAUGGCCCGCAUGGCCAAAGACAAUAAAUUUGAGAUAGUGACAAGUCACAGGACGUUUGUCUUCCGGGCUGAUAACGAAGUGCAGAGACAUCAGUGGUGCAGUAUCCUACAGGGGAGGGUGAAGGAACAGCUUGUGUUCGGGCGCCCUCGCUUCGGUCCUGGCAGCCACUGUCAGAGGAGUGGUCCUCUGGAGCUCAAAGGGACCAAGUCAAAAGUCUACGUGGCCAUCAACACAGAGCAGGUCUGGCUGUACAAGACUGAACAGUGUUUUAGGAAUGGGAUUGGAAUUACGCUGAUCGAGGCCAGAGGAGCUACGAUUAGAGACGGCAAAGGAAAAAGCUUUGACCUCAUCACUCCUUACAAAACAUUCAGUUUCACAGCUGAGUCUGAGCGGGAUAAGAGGGACUGGAUGGAAGCUGUACAGGAGUCCAUAGCAGAGACCCUGUCUGACUACGAGGUGGCUGAGAAGAUCUGGUCCAACAGGUUUAAUAAGCUCUGUGCUGACUGCCAAGCAGUCAACCCAGACUGGGCCUCCAUAAACCUCUGUGUUGUCAUCUGUAAGAACUGUGCAGGUCAACACAGAGGUCUGGGGACUAUGGUGUCUAAAGUACAGAGCCUGAAACUGGACACCAGCGUGUGGAGCAAUGAGAUCGUGCAGCUCUUCAUAAUGCUGGGGAACGACCGAGCCAAUGAGUUCUGGGCGGCCAGGUUAUCUCCAGCUGACGAGUUAGACCAUGAUGCCACACCGGACCAGCGGAGAGAGUUUAUCAUCCAUAAGUACCGUGAGGGGCGCUACCGACUCCCCCACCCCAACUUCAACACACAGGAGGAGCUGCUCAAGGUUCUGUGUACUGCUGUGACRGAGCAYAACCUGCUGAAGACGGUCACCCAGAUCUUCACCGAGGCAGAGGCUGUCCGAUCCCGCCUCGCUGCCUCUAAUGGAUAUGACAAGCAUCUGUCUCAGGAAUACUCCCUCCCGCAAGGCACCUCAGACCCCAGUGUGUAUGAUGAGAUCAUGCAGGCUGUGCUGCACUCCGGCUACCUCUACAAGUCAGCCUCAACGAACAAAGGGACAUUAUCCAGGAAAACCAGAGAAGAUUUCCAGAAGUACUGGUGCACGGUGGAGAGGUCUCUUCUGUUCUAUGAGUCUGACCGAUGUCCUGAUCCMAGCAUGAAGAUCAACGUCAAWGACAUCGUCUGUCUGGGGGUCAGCAGGCCGGACUCCUGCAACAACAACGGCUUCAUUGACAGGUUUCUCUAUACGUUUCAACUGUACUUGUCCUCAGAGAAGCUCUAUCAGUUUGGAUUGGAAACUCCUGAUGCACUGCAAUGUUGGGUCAAGGCCAUUGGAAAGGCCGCCACACCUUUAAGCUGCCACUGCCUGCUAGCGAGGGAGUUUGAGCGGGUGGGAGUSCUGCGUUACAAYGCCAUGCGAGACCCUUCUCAGUGGAAAGAGGGAUAUUUUGUKCUUCAGAAGUCUAYCCUCUUCAUCUGCCCAGGGAACGACGGAGCAGCUGAGGACAUUAUCAACCUUAAACGUCUGCAAGAGCUCAGUGAGUCUCCUGUCCUGACCAAAGCUUUACUGGCACUGUGUGGUAAUACAUCCAGAGAGCUGCGGAGGGAAGGGCAAACCCUGAGAGAACAGCAGCUCAGCAGGAAUGAUAUCCCCAUCAUCGUAGACAGCUGCAUCGCCUUCAUCACACAGUAAGGUCUGGGUCAUGAGGGGAUCUAUAGGAAGAACGGAGCCACGUCCAGGAUCAAGCUACUGAUGGAGGAGUUCAGGAAUGAUGCUCGGAACGUCAAGCUCCGGAUCGGGGAUAACUUCAUAGAGGAUGUGACUGACGUGUUGAAGAGGUUCUUCAGGGAGAUGGACGACCCCAUCUUCAUGGCUGACCUGCAUCAGCUAUGGAAGGAGGCUGUCAGAACAGCCAAGGAUAAGAACCAGCGUCUGGACAGAUACAAGGAGAUCAUCCGUAGUUUACCUAAAAUCAACAGGACUACCCUGGCUGCUCUCAUCAGCCACCUCUACAGGUUAGUAUGGCCUCAGGAAAUCAGGGUUGUGUUCCAUAGUAAAUGUUUAAUUGUGUUUGUUCAGAUUGAUGAGGAGCAGCGGACCCAGAUAGAACUGGAGCUCAGCCUCAUCACCACCUGGAAGGACACACAGCUGUCUCAAGCAGGUGAUCUGAUCAUAGAAGUGUACCUGGAGAAGAAGAUGGCAGACUGCUGCAUCACUCUCAAGGUAAGUGGAGACAGGUUGUCUCCUGACUUUAUUUCUGUGGAAUACAAGUGGACUGACCUUCUGUGGAAUACAAGUGGACUGAGAAAGUCUUCAUGUUUCAAGGAGAAGCUAUCCCAGAAUAGUUGUUAUAUAAUGUUCAAAUGUUGUCUGUCUUCCACAGAGCGCCCCCUACACCCCAAAGAGAAGGUGCUGGAGCAGGCGCUACAGUGGUGUAAAAUGGCUGAUCCUAGUUCAGCUUACCUGGUGGUGAAGAGAGUUCCCAAAGGAGAGGGCAUCAACAUCCUCACUGCCUACGAGAGUGAGAUAAUGAAGAUGGGAGUUCUGAAGUGUCGUGAAGAGCCUCCCAAACUCCUCCACGGAAAAGUCUUUCAGGAACACACCUUUCAGAUCAAAGACCACAAGCUGCUCCUGCUGAAGGACAAAAAGAGCGUCAAGCCUGAAAAGGAAUGGCCUCUGAAGUCUAUGAAGAUCUACAUGGGAAUUCGAAAGAAGCUGAAACCCCCAACUKGAUGGGGCUUUACUCUCAUGAUGGAGAAACAGCAACUGUACCUUUGUUGCUUUUGUGAGUCCGACCUAUGGGAUUGGGUCACCAAUUUCCUCAAAAGCGAGCAGGUCAUGUCGUGA